UCCAUCCCAACCCUGCUCUUCGAGGACCACUCCAAGUGGGAGAGCUACUUGGACAAGUCAUACCAAAAUUCCCUGGGCGUCUGGCUCAAGAUCGCCAAAAAGAACGCCGAAAAACCAACAGUCACGUAUGAUCAAGCCCUCGAUGUGGCGCUCUGCUUCGGCUGGAUCGAUGGACAACGCAAAGCCUUCGACGAGCAGCACUUUAUCCAGAGGUUUACCCCACGACGGAAGAAUAGCCUCUGGUCAAAGAGGAACGUUGACAAAGUUGCGGCUCUAAUACAAGCAGAACGCAUGAGACCAACUGGACAGGCUGAGAUUAACGCUGCCAAGGCCGAUGGGCGAUGGGAUCGAGCCUACUCUUCUGCAAGCACGAUGGAAGUGCCGUUAGACUUUGUGGAGGCAUUGCGACGAAACGAAGAGGCAAACAAGUUCUUUGAUGCUUUGAAUAAGACGCAGCGGUAUGCCUUCUUGUGGCGGAUCGAGACGACGAAACGCCCAGAAACGAGGAAACGAAAGAUAGACAAGUUCGUCGAUCUUUUAGCUGAGCACAAG